CCUGCGAACCAUGAAUUUCUCGUGACUCAUGAGAUUGUUAUUCCCCUGCUGUCGAGGUCCGGUGCCACUGGUUUUAUCCUGAAGCUUACUCAUCACGAGCUCCUUGGAUUCUCAUCCCUUUCCUUUCUUCGCAUAAAGCGGACCAGAAACAACUGCCUCUUCAAAGCACUCGAAUAUCAACAGCAUGGGCAAGUCCAAAAACGACGGCGUUCAGAACAGACACCUUUAUACCCGGGUGUCAUAUCUCCACCAAGCGGCCUGUCGCUUGGCAACGCUUGGUCACGAUAGGCCAGAUCGAACGAAAAAUGAACAGGGGAGCAAAGAGAACGACGACUCAGUCACCCAAAACAUGGCCCGUCUCCUCGUGGAAGAUCUCCGUGCCGUCUCCCGCAAGGUUCUCAUAAGGCCGACUCCGGCCAUGAAGCGGACUAUGUGCAAAAUAUGCGACACGGUGCUAGUGGAGGGCCGCACAUGCUUCACCACGGUAGAGAACCAUAGCAAGGGCGGUAGGAAACCGUGGGCCGAUGUCAUGGCCAUGCGAUGCACUGUCUGCGGUCAUAUCAAGAGGUUCCCAGCCAACUGCCCGAGGCAGAAGCGGCGGCCGUUCCGGGUUCCGGGGGAGGAGCCGCCGACGCUCGAUGACGCGGACCGGACAGAGAAAGGAUGACUGUACAUGCGAGGUCUAAGCGCACCAUGGACACGGCACCGCCAUCUUUAUGACUGCCUCAGAUUCACGAAGAGUUCUACGAUGUUUUCCGGAUCUUGAGGGUCAGGUACCCAGAAGCGGAGGACAAAGUUGUGGCGGGAAUGCAUCGAAGAGGCCGCUCGGAAAGGGUCACAUUCAUAC